UUGUUAGUGCGCGUGAAGCCAUCCACACGAGCCGCUUGUGGCGAGAGACAGAGAGUCAAGAAUGGUUGUCCUGUGAAACGAUAACGAAGACUCUCGCGUCCUCUCACCUACACUGAACUCUGAACUCUGAACAACAGGAGAUGGCGACGUCGUCCCCGCCGCCGCCCCGCGUGUGCGUCACCGGCGGCAACGGGUUCAUAGGCUCGUGGCUCGUCAAGCUGCUCCUCUCCCGCGGCUACGCCGUCCACGCCACCGUCCGCGACCCACGUGAUCCGAAGAACGCGUUCCUGGCGGAACUGGACGGAGCCCCGGCGAACCUGCGGCUGUUCAAGGCGGACAUGCUCGACUACGAGACGGUGGCGGCCGCGUUCGCCGGCUGCGAGGGCGUCUUCCAUGUUGCCACUCCAGUGCCCGAUCAAAAGAUGGUUGACCCACAGAAAGAGAUGAUGGAACCUGCUGUCAAGGGCACCAUGAAUGUGCUCAAGGCUUGCUCAGCUACGAAAGUUCAUAAACUCAUCGUGGUCUCGUCCAUCGCCACUAAUUGCUUCAACCCGGAUUGGCCUCGAGAUAAAAUCAAAGAUGAGAGCUGUUGGUCAGACAAGGAGUUCUGCAGACAGACUGAGAACUGGUAUUCUCUUGCAAAGACUGAAGCCGAGGAGAUGGCCCUGGAAUACGGAGAGAAGAACGGGCUGCACGUCGUCACAUUUUGCCCUGGUCUGGUUUUCGGCCCUCUGUUGAAGCAUGUGGCGGUCAAUACCAGCAGCAAGGUCCUCGUCUACAUGAUAAAAGGAGGCCCCGACACGAUGAACAACAAGUUCUUUCCCAUAGUAGACGUUCGUGAUAUCGCCGACGCAUUGCUCCUGUUGUACAACAAGGCAGGGCAGUCUGAGAGAUACAUAUGCUCACUGGACCAAAUGGACCUAAAGGAUUUGCUCGCAAUCCUGAAGAGCAUGUACCCUAGCUACACUUAUGUAGACAAGAUGGUUGAUGUGGAUUUUAGCGUUGGAGUCACUUCGGAAAAGCUGAAGAAUUUAGGGUGGAAACCAAGGAAGUUGGAGGAGACACUCGCAGAUAGUAUCGAAUCCUACGAAAAAGCAGGGCUUCUUGGGGUUUCAGAUGACGAACCAUGCCGGCUUCCAUUCAUCUAUCGAAUGCCGCCUAUCCAGGAAUGAGAAUGAUCCCAUUAUUGUGCCAUUGAUUCUGCAUUUGGCCUGAAACAUCGUGAAAUGUGUUUCGCAAAAAUAAGCAAGGGUUAGGUCUCUAUUUCUCGACUCCUCCACUAGUCCAUUCAGGAUGGAUGCCAAUGCAAAUAUUGUGCAUUUGUGCUCACUUUCGUCAAGAGAAAGCGAGACUCGGGAGGAGUACUCUCAAAGCAGUGACUCCAGAUUUAUGAGCAUACCGUCUGGUCCAAGUGCUGAUAUGAAAGUCUAGUAAUGAGAAAUAGUAGAGAGAUAUUGUUUCUUAAUUUUGAUAUGGCUCUUAUGUCAAACUCAAGAGAAGGUUAUUUUUUUCUC